AUGGCUGCAGCGCCGCCGAUGACGUCAUCUCGCCGUCUCUUUGCGCUCGCCGCCGUCUUCGUCCUCGCCGCCUGCUGCCUCCCCGCAGCGGCGGCGGCGCCGCAGGGGAAGCAGUACAGGGUGGGCGGGGAGGACGGGUGGCGCGUGCCGCCGCCGGAGGGCGAGGACAAGUACUACGACAACUGGGCCUCCAACAUCACCUUCUACGUCGACGACUCGCUCGAGUUCGUGUACAAGAACGACUCGGUGCUGAGGGUGUCGAAGGCGGGGUACUACCACUGCAACGAGACGGCGGGCGACGCGGCGCCGCGCGACGGCCGGACCGUCUUCCUCCUCGACGCCCCCGGGUACGCCUACUUCGCCAGCGCCGACCUCCAGCACUGCGGCAUGGGGGAGCGCCUCGCGGUCAGCGUCCUCACCGCCACCGCCGGCCUGCCGGCGCCCGCGCCGUCCCCGUCGUCGCCGUGGUCGUCCUCGGCGCCCGGGCCAUGGUCCUGGGUGCUGUCGCCGUCGUCGUCGGCGCCAUCCCCGUCCGGUGAGCACUCCGCCGCCGCUGCGAUGCUGGUCGCGUCUUCCUCUGCUCAGGCCGUCGUCCUGGUGGUGGCCGUCGCCUUGGCGCUCGCGAUGGCAGCCGGUUUCGUUUGA